ACAGAGAAGACUUUGGUUGAAACCUAUAUAAAGCGCUCUUCCUUAGCUAUUCAUAUAUCCAACGUACAUCGAUUUCAAUUUCGAUAUAUUAUUUUUUGUUAUUUUAUUCUGAUUAUUGCAAUGGCGAUGAGGAAGCUUUUGUCGCAGCGUGUGUUCAAUGUUUCGAAAAUGGCGUCUCAAGGUCUCAUGAACUGUCGAAUCUCGUCUUCUUCGCUAGCCGUGCGGACCAGGGUUCCUAAAGAACCAGGAGAAGCCACCGUUGAUCCGGAGCCUGCUGAUUCGUGGAUGGAUAUGACCAUGAUGAAGAUGCCGUUUGGAGAGAGUCUGAGGGAGAAGCUCCGAGAAAACGACCGGAUUCGAUUAGACGGGCUUUUGCCUCCUCCGGUGAAACACGCGGCGGCGGCGGAGAAGACGGAGGCGUUGGGGCUUACUGUGAGAGACGUCAAGAAGUUGCUUAGAGCUGCGCAGAUCGAGGUGGUGAAAACGAAGCUGAUGGAGACAGGGAAAAGCUGGAUCCCUUACGCUGAGUUCGUUGGUCUUUGCAAUGAUUCUUGUUUGGAUCCUGCUCAAGGGCCUUGGAUCGCUAAGAUGCUUGAUGAUUCAGGAAACGUCAUCGUUUUGGGAGAUUACGUUUGCUUAAGACCUGAUCAGGUAACCAAAUCUAUCGCGGGUCUGCUUCCUUUACCACAGAUCCGUAACCCAAACGACCCGAGAAGGAAGGAGCUGAAAGAGCUAGAAGCUACAAAGAAAGUCAUUGACGAGAAAGCACAUUCGUUGGUGAGAAGAGAGCUUUGGGCUGGUCUUGGUUACUUGAUACUCCAGACCGCAGGGUUCAUGAGGCUAACGUUUUGGGAGCUCACGUGGGACGUUAUGGAGCCAAUCUGUUUCUAUGUCACGUCUAUAUACUUCAUGGCGGGUUACACUUUUUUCCUUAGGACAGCGAAGGAGCCUUCCUUUGAAGGGUUUUACGAGAGUAGGUUUGAGGCUAAACAGAGGAAACUGAUGAAGUCUCAAGAUUUUGAUGUGGGGAGGUAUGGUGAGCUGAAGAAGAUGUUUAAUCCAAAGCCUUCUUCAGCUGCUGUUUCCAAGAUUCUUGGAGCUUUACAUAACUAAUCUUUUUGAUUAAGGUGCAUCUUGUUCGAUUCGAUGUGUCGUUGUCCUAACCUGAGAAAGAUAAAUUAACAACAACAAAAAAUGUGUGAAAGAAUAGUCCAUUAAAGAGAAAAAAUAUUCGAAUAGGUGCGGCUUGUAUAACAUUUGGAGAGUAGAAUAUAAUAUUGAAUGUUGUAUUUUGUAAUGAAAUAUCGAAUAUAUAGAGAACUAUUACUAUCA